CGGGCCGCCACCAUGACUUCCAGCAAGAUCGAGAUGCCCGGCGAGGUGAAGGCCGACCCCGCCGCCCUCAUGGCGUCCCUGCACCUCCUGCCGUCGCCUACGCCCAACCUCGAAAUCAAGUACACCAAGGUGAGAAAAUUGGACUUUCUCACUGAAUCAUUUUGGGGGAGAAGAUUAAAAAAAUCAGUAUGAUACUAUUUGAUUAAUUCCCUAACGAAGCUGAAACUGAUCUUUAUUAACAACGAGUGGCAGAACUCAGAGAGCGGGAGAGUGUUCCCUGUCUAUAAUCCAGCUACUGGAGAGCAGGUGUGUGAAGUUCAAGAAGCAGACAAGGCAGAUAUAGACAAAGCAGUGCAGGCAGCCCGCCUUGCUUUCUCUCUUGGUUCAGUGUGGAGAAGAAUGGAUGCUUCAGAAAGAGGGCGUCUAUUGGAUAAACUUGCAGACUUGGUGGAACGAGAUAGGGCAGUUCUUGCAACCAUGGAAUCCCUAAAUGGUGGCAAACCAUUCCUGCAAGCUUUUUAUGUGGAUUUGCAGGGCGUCAUCAAAACCCUUCGGUAUUAUGCAGGUUGGGCUGAUAAAAUUCAUGGGAUGACCAUUCCUGUAGAUGGAGACUAUUUUACCUUUACAAGACAUGAACCCAUUGGAGUGUGUGGACAGAUCAUCCCAUGGAACUUCCCCCUGCUGAUGUUUACCUGGAAGAUUGCACCAGCUCUGUGCUGUGGCAAUACAGUAGUUAUUAAACCAGCAGAGCAGACGCCACUCAGUGCACUCUACAUGGGAGUCCUCAUUAAGGAGGCUGGCUUUCCACCUGGAGUCAUCAAUAUUUUACCAGGGUACGGGCCAACGGCUGGGGCAGCAAUAGCUUCUCACAUUGGCAUAGACAAGAUUGCGUUCACAGGAUCUACUAAGGUUGGAAAACUUAUCCAAGAAGCAGCUGGAAGAAGUAAUUUGAAGAGAGUAACUCUGGAACUUGGAGGAAAAAGUCCUAAUAUUAUUUUUGCCGAUGCUGAUUUGGACUAUGCUGUGGAACAGGCUCACCAGGGUGUGUUCUUCAACCAAGGCCAGUGCUGCACCGCAGGGUCUCGCAUCUUUGUGGAGGAGUCCAUCUAUGAGGAGUUUGUGAGAAGAAGUGUGGAGCGGGCCAAGAGACGCAUCGUGGGGAGUCCCUUUGACCCCACCACAGAGCAAGGUCCCCAGAUCGAUAAGAAACAGUACAACAAGAUCCUGGAGCUCAUCCAGAGUGGUGUGGCUGAAGGUGCCAAGCUGGAGUGUGGAGGAAAAGGACUGGGCCGGAAGGGAUUUUUCAUUGAGCCCACGGUGUUUUCCAAUGUCACUGAUGAUAUGCGGAUUGCCAAGGAGGAGAUCUUUGGCCCUGUUCAGGAAAUUCUGAGGUUUAAGACUAUGGAUGAAGUUAUCGAAAGAGCCAAUAACUCAGACUUUGGACUUGUAGCCGCUGUCUUUACUAAUGACAUCAACAAGGCCCUCACAGUGUCUUCUGCAAUGCAAGCUGGGACUGUUUGGAUCAAUUGUUACAAUGCCUUAAAUGCCCAGAGCCCCUUUGGGGGAUUCAAGAUGUCUGGAAAUGGGAGAGAAAUGGGAGAAUUUGGUCUGCGAGAGUACUCAGAAGUUAAGACUGUGACAGUAAAGAUCCCCCAGAAGAACUCCUAAGAAGGCCAGGAAGGAAGAUGAAGGCCAGCCUGCCCGUCUGUUCUUCUCUGCUUUCUCUGUAGGGCCCAGCUCUCAGGAAUACAAAGUGGAGUCACGGUCCUUAUUUAAAAAUUGAAAUGAUAACAUGUAGGUCAGGCAGGUCGCUGCACAACUGAAGCAAACCAGCUGGGCACACUUUCUUGGCACUCUGCAGGGGAUCAGCUUAAUGGUAUCAAAUAGUUGGGCAAGUGGAAGAAGGGUAAGAGGAGAAGUUAUCAGGCACAUCCAGUAUCUCUUCCUGGAGCAAGGGACAAAAUAAGGGAGCUGUAUUAUUUGAUGCCUUUGUCACCAAUAACUUUCCUCUUGAGAAAAGGUGGUCUUUCCACUGUCUUCCUUUCCCUCCUUCCAGGCUCUCGCCACUCACCCACCCCUCCCUCUCUUCCAAGGAGAUCUCAGCUGAGCUCAUUUUGGUACAGAUGUUUGGGCCAGGAACAAUUUUCCAAGGUUUUGCAGCCAAAUUACCAUUUCAUGUUAUCCAUUUCUUCAAAGCAAAACAUGAAAUGAUUUUAGUUAGAAUCAGACCAGACUGAAAAUGCCAGGAGCUGGUACACUACAGAUGUAAUAAGCACUUGGGAUAUUCCUGUUGCAAUCUGGUUUUCUUAUAUCCAUAAAUAACAUGAGUGAAAGAGGGUGAUAGAGCCUGGAGGUCAUCAUGUGUGGUUCACAGCUUCUGAGCUUGCUGCACGGUUUUGUUUUAUAUGUGUGUGCUUUUAAUUCCUUCUUAGUUAUUCUGGAAUAAAGCAGGGGGCAGGUUGUGUUUCAGAGAUAGAUAAGAUCUUUUCCAAAGCUUAUCUUGGAACCAACAGAAGAAAAAAGAAUCCAACUAGGCUCAAGAAUUUGAUAAUGCUGGACGCCUUGCAGAAAUAAUUCUGUUUCUAAUAUUGGGUGACAAUUCUUACUAAGUGAAUUCUUUCUGUAGUUGGAAUCUAUCACUUCUUCUGCACCCCAGGCCCCCUGCACCAACACCUGCUACUCCCAAUGUGGCCGGUGUUACUUUGGCCUAUCAUGCCCUACUAAUGUCCCCUACAUCCAUUGGCAGGAAUCUUGGAAAACCUGGCCACGCCUCGGGAUUUCCUUUUCCAUUUGCAGAGCUCCAGUGUGCCAGGACUGCAUGCUCCACCAGAGCUCCUCUGUCACGCCCAGCAGCUCAUCCACACCCCACCAUGCCUGCCUGUCUCCCAGCGGGCAGUAGCCUACAGAGUAGGAGGCGGCAAGCAAGCCCGUCUCCCUUUCUUUCCAACCACACUCUCCUCUUCUGCUUUCCGGUGAAUUCACCGUUUGAUGUGGGCAGUGUUGGCUUCCUUUCCUUCUUUCCUCCUUCCGGCUGCCAAACCCAAUCUAGUCUCUAACCUAGAUGCAGAUCAUUUAUUUAAAAGUACCAAACAUAACUUAGAGUAUGUGGAGUAUUGGCAACAUAUAUAUAGCCUUCUGUAUUUAAUGAUUUUCUGCUUUCUGACCAUACUGGUUUUCUAUUUAUAACUUUUACCUAUCUAUGAUGUUUUGGAAAAGUCUCUACUUGCUGUUACUUACAAACGACAGUGCAUUCAGCAGCCUGAUGCCUUGAGCCCUGCCAGACACCAUUGAGUUCUUCCAUGUGAAUGCCAUGCUCUUCUCCUAUAGCAUGUGUCCAAGUGGACAUGUCCAUUAACCAACUAGUUACCUUUGGACUGCAAUAUAGAAUGUGAAAAUGAAGGUUUAUUUCUUUUAAUUUACUUAAAAAGAAUCCUCUGUGCUAGCAAUAAAGCAUUUAUAUUGUGUA